AUGGCUGUCUGCGUAGUUUUUUCUCGCUUGAUGCCAAUCCUGAUAACCCUCAUUCUUCUCACCAAAGGUACUAUCAAUGAGUUAAGCGCAUCAGAAGCUGAUUGCUUGAGUGAUAGUUCAUGCUUCUCCUCUUAUCUAACCGAUGAACCAUUUGAUUCCGUCAAUGGUGGAACUGAUUCGUCGGAUCUAUUGUCCAAAUUGAUUUUAUCUACUCUCCUUCUCUUUAUCGUUUCUCCCCUAAUUGCAAUUGUUAUUUGGAAGUUGGUUCAGCGUUUGCGGCACAAAGUCCCCUUUCGCCACGAAAACAAGUCUACUCGUUUUCGUUUCCGAAAUCGAGAUAAAAUUCGCUACUACGCUAUCCGUUUGAGCCGUAAUUUUAAUGCGAUCGCUUCCAAAUCUCGCGAUGAACAGCGGAAACUCAUUAUCGGUUAUGUCAAGAGGCUCUUCAGUGGUGAUUCAGAAGGUCGUAACCCCUUGCUGAAGCAGCGCAACCUACCCAAGUCCUUUGUUGAGCCGGAGUCAGGAGAUGAAUCCGGCGAUAUGCCCGAGGACUUAAAGCUAAUGGUCAACCACGUUCGAAUCCUCUCCUACCUCGGUCGGGAUGUUGUGCAGGCUUUGUCUAGCGUUAUUAGUACCAUUGAAUUACCCGUCAAAGGCUAUCUUUAUCGUGAUGGGGAUCCUGAAGAUAAGAUAUACGUAGUUAAAAGUGGUCGUUUGGAUUUAAAAGUCACCGACAAGCAAUUUGCACAAACUUCUACGCUUCUUCAGGAUGGUUUUACGACAGCUAUUCAUGAGGUUACUCCUGGAGGAAAUCCCUACAGCCUUCUAGCGAUUGUAGACUUGAUGAACAACCACAAACCGAGGUACCAUAACAUUGAAGCAGUGGCUGUGACUCCUUGCAAGGUUAUCUGUCUUGCGAUUUCGGACCUUAUUAAGGUUUGCCGGGAAUAUCCACCGGCAAACCUUCGACUUGCGCAGAUGAUCAUCAUUCGCCUUCAUCGCGUCACAUUUGCAGCCCUGCACAAUUUUUUCGGUCUAGACAGGGAGCUCUUCUCUCAGGGACCGCAAACAUUUCUCAAAGACUCAGCUGUUGAGUUGUUUUUGAGGCGCCUGGGUGAAGGGAAUGAAAACGCAUCAAAUAGCGACUGUAGGUGCUGUUUUUAUCCUCCUACGCCUUGGGUUUAUAGAUUUCCAUUGCCUUUACACAUAUUUUUUGGUUAA